GCUGCUCGACGUGCGCGUGCCCGAGUCCGUCGGGGUGGGACUCCCCCGGUGCGCGCGGAGGCCGUGACGUGGCGUUGCGGGAUGCUGCAGGCGGUGGGGCUGCUGCUGGUGUCGGUGCUGGCGGAGGGGUUCGGGCCGGGACCCCCCCGGUACCGAGGGGCUGAGCUGCGGGACCUGGCCAGGGGCAAGGUGGAGACCUGCGGCGGGUGACAGCUGAACCGCCUGAGGGAGGUGAAGGCGUUCGUUACCCAGGAUAUUCCCCUGUACCAUAACCUGGAGAUGAAGCAUCUGCCUGGUGCUGACCCUGAGCUUGUGCUCCUCAGCCACCGAUACGAAGAGCUGGAGAGAAUCCCCCUAAGCGACAUGACCCGGGAGGAGAUCAACCAGCUGGUGCAGGAGCUCGGCUUCUACCGCAAGGAGACACCUGAUGCCCCUGUGCCUGAGGAGUUUCGGUUUGCCCCUGCCAGGCCUCUGCCCACGCUGCCACCUCCCCAAGCUCCCACUGCUGAUGGCAAUACCCCACCCAAACACAAUGAGGGGGAACACCCAGACCUCUAGCGAAGGGUGCUGCAGCUGGGAGAAGUUACUGCAGCCAGUGCCCAGUGUGCAGGGAUAAGGACAUCACAGCAGCUGGGGAUGGUGCUGCAGGGUGGCAGAGGUGCUCCUGUUGUUACUUGGCGAUGUGUAGCCUCUGCACCAAGGAAUCCCUGAGAUGCCCCAGCCUUAACUUGGGGUUUCAUGGGCACUGUGGUCCUCUCAGAGGUCCUGUGUACCUGUCGCUGCUCUCCUUCCCCUGCAGCCCAGCAUUCCCAGAUAGGAACGCUGCUGUGCUCCCUCUCAGUGCCGUGAGGUUUAGCUGACUCCUGGUGUUGGGCAGCGAUAUCCUACCUGCGUGGGACAGAAUGAAACCCUCAGCAGAAAGCCCCAGGUGUUGAGGGUCGAUGUGCUGAGUCCUGGAGAUGGAAAGCUGCCCUAGAGGGGUUGUGGCUUUAUGCCCCGGCAGGGUUGUCUUGUAUAGAGCCUCCAGUAAAGCCUUUGCAUACAAUCA